AUGUCCAAACCUCUGAGUGGUGCUCAGAAGCGGAAGAAGAAGCAGGAGUUGGAGGAAAAAAUAUGUAUAAUUCCCAAAAUAACUGGUUUUCUUGUACCUACAAGUGGAUCAUCUGCACAGCCUUCUGCAUGUGGAUCUUCUCAAGAAAAUGUUAGUACAUCUUUUCAGGAAGAGAUUCCUCCUCAAAGUGUAUCUGAAUAUGGCUCUGAAGCCGACACAGUGGAUUCUUCUGAUCAGCCAAUGCCACUAGAAACCACUCCAAUUCCCAUGGAAGUUGAGAAACCUAGCUUCCAUACUGUUGAAAUACAAGACGCUACUGCUGAAGCAGUUGAUAUACUGCCAGAAUCCAUGGAAAUGUUUGGUUUCCUUACUGACAUUGGUUUGUGGCCAAACUCAUCUACUCUGGAGAUGCGGGAGUAUUGGUCCAAAAAUGGAAAUCCGUCAAUAAGAAAACCUCUGGAACAACUGCACAAUGAAGGAUUUCCAACAUCAUUUAAAUAUGGACAUUGCUGUACAGCACAUAUGUUUAUUCGUAACUGUCCCAAAGAGGACAAGGUUUAA